AUGUACUUGUUUUAUACAGUUUUGAUAAUUGCAACAUCCGGGGCCUUAGGUCGAAAUCUAGGCUCUGAUGGAUCAGCCAAUGAAAAGCCAGAGCCGAGUGAAAAUUUCACUUACCAUGAAGUUCUUGACGACAAUUACGAGUUGUUCUGGAACUUUAACGAUACUCACAUUAUCUUUGAGACCAUCGUGAAGACAAAUGGCUACGUAGGGUUCGGAAUUUCCCCAAAUGGAGGCAUGGCUGGUUCCGACAUUGUGAUUGGUUGGGUCAAAGAUCAACAAGCAUAUUUUAAGGAUCGCUAUGCCAGCGGGAAUACAGUGCCAGGCGUAGAUGCCAGUCAGGACUGGUUUCUGCUCAAUGCUGCCGAGACUGGAGAUUACACAGUCUUGAAGAUGGUCAGAAAACUGGACACUUGCGAUGGCCAGGACAGAGCUAUACUUAAAGGUACCACGCGUGUCAUCUACAGCUACUCCACAGAUGACCCAGUCUCUGACGCAGUCAUCCCCUAUCACGGUUCUUCAAACAGGGGAACAAAGUCCCUGCUACUUCUUGAUCCCCCGAACAGCGAGAAGAGUGUGGAGACAAAAUGGGAGAAUGUGAUAACUAUUGACUUUCUUAGCAAAAAUUACAGCGUGCCUGGCAACAGCACCACGUACCACGACUACAUUUUCAAGCUGCCUGACCUGGGACAGAAGCAUCACGUGAUCAGAUUUGAGCCAGUUGUGCAGAAAGGCCAUGAACUGUUGGUCCACCACAUAUUGUUGUACAGCUGCUCCCGACCCUUGGACGACAGUCUGGUGGGAGCUUCCUUUGAGACUCACUCCAAACCUGCAGGUGUUAAUGACAUCUGUGAGGACACCAUGCUCGCCUGGGCUAUCGGAGGCACGGCAUACGACUUUCCUCCACACGUGGGUCAGUCUCUAGGGACACCCCAGGAUCCGGUCUACUUCAGACUGGAGACACAUUACAACAACCCCGACAUGAGAACUGAUUUUGUCGACAGCUCAGGUCUGCGUCUGUACUUGACCACUGACUUAAGGAAAUACGAUGCUCAAGUUGUGGAGGUCGGGGUGUCGCCAGAACCAAACCAUAUAAUCCCCCCUCUGGAGAGCAGCUUCCUGACACAGGGGGCUACUGUCAGCCCAGUUGUAUUGACGAGGCACUCAAAGAUCAAGAGAUCCAUGUAUUUGCUGUGUUCCUGCAUGCGCAUCUGCUGGGGAAGCAACUCAGAACCCGCCAUUUCAGAAACGGCGUUGAGUUGCCAGCCUUGUCCGAGGACAACAAUUAUGACUUUGACUUUCAACAGACCCGAGAUGUCAGUCCAGAAAUCACCAUCAAGAAGGGAGAUAGCCUGA